AUGGAUAACCUACUUAGUGUACAACAAAAAAGGGCAGCCAAACAGGCCAAAACCAAGAAAAAACCAGUCAAGGUUGUGUACAUCUCCAAUCCCAUGAAGGUGAAGACCAGUGCCUCAGAAUUCAGAGCUUUGGUUCAAGAACUCACAGGCCAAGACGCCGACAUGCCCGACCCUGCUAGGUUCCCGGAGAUUGGUGGUGUCGGUUCCGAUGACCACCACCACCAAGAAGUCCCUGAGGGCCCUGGAGAUCAAGCAGUACAUGAAGUUCCUACAAUGAACCCUUGUGGUGAAUUGGCUAAGAAAUCUGAUCUUUCAUGUGAGCCUUAUGAUGAUGAUGAUGUGUUUAUGCCUCAGAUUAUAGAGAAUUUUCCUGGAAUAUUUCCCUCUAACAUGUGGUGUGAAUCUUCUCAUGUUGAUGUGCUCAAAAGCCUAGAUGCAAUGUAA